AUGGCCAACUGCCACCACGGUGUGGCGCAACGUCAGUUGAGCGUGGUCAGCGGUGAUUGGUCGGCGCGCGUCCGCCAAUCGGCGCGUUCCAUCUGUCUACUCCGAUGGCCGCUAAACUCACCAACCACGUCCGCCGAGCGAACAUUGUCGGCCAGUUCGUCGUGGUGGCAAGUGCCUCCUUCGUCGUCGUCUCUUCGGAAUCACGUCGUUCUAUCGGCGCGUCCGAAAAUGCGGUCUCCUAUCGCACUCGUCCUAUUCCUAGGGCUUGCCAUUGUCUCGGCGGAGAUCUACUUGGACGAGAAAUUCACCGAUGAUUCAUGGGAACAAAACUGGGUCUACUCUGAGCAUCCAGAUAAAGAAUUCGGAAAAUUUGUUUUAAGUCACGGGAAGUUCUGGAAUGAUGUAGAAAAUGAUAAAGGCAUUCAAACAUCACAAGAUGCAAGGUUUUACGCUAUCAGUAAGAAAUUUACUCCAUUUAGCAAUAAGGACAAGACCCUUGUCAUCCAAUUCACCGUCAAGCAUGAACAAAACAUCGACUGUGGUGGUGGAUACGUCAAAGUGUUUGAUUGCUCACUUGACCAGAAAGAUAUGCAUGGAGAAACUCCAUAUGAAAUAAUGUUUGGGCCUGACAUUUGUGGACCAGGAAUUAAAAAAGUGCAUGUCAUCUUUAGCUAUAAAGGCAAGAACCUUUUGAUUAAUAAGGAUAUUCGCUGCAAGGAUGAUAUCUACACACAUUUAUACACACUGAUUGUUAAACCCGAUAAUACAUAUAAGGUACUCAUCGAUAAUGAGGAAGUAGAGUCUGGUGAGUUGGAAGCAGAUUGGGGCUUCCUGCCUCCAAAGAAGAUUAAGGAUCCAUCUCAAACCAAGCCUGCAGAUUGGGAUGAUAAGAUCAGCAUCGACGACCCUGAGGAUAAGAAGCCCGAGGACUGGGAUAAACCGCAGCACAUUCCUGAUCCCGAAGCUACUAAACCCGAGGACUGGGAUGAUGAAAUGGACGGCGAAUGGGAAGCAGCCAUGAUCGAUAAUCCCGAAUACAAGGGCGAAUGGAAACCGAAACAAAUCGACAAUCCUAAUUAUAAAGGACCAUGGGUACAUCCUGAGAUCGAUAACCCCGAAUACACGGCUGAUCCCGAGUUAUAUAAGCGUGAUGAAAUUUGCUCUGUCGGCUUUGAUCUCUGGCAGGUUAAAUCUGGUACCAUUUUCGAUAAUGUUCUAAUCACCGAUGAUCCGGAAGUCGCGCGCAAAUUCGGAGAAGAAGUCUGGAAACCUACUUUCGAAGGUGAGAAGAAAAUGAAAGAAGCGCAAGAUGAGGAGGAAAGAAAACAGAGAGACAAAGAGGUAAAAGAAAGCGUAAGCAGCAAGGAUGAUGAAGAUGAUGAAGAUGAAGAUAAUAAUAUACCAGAUGCUGAUGAUGAAGAUAACAAUAUACCAAAUGCUGAAGAGGAAGAUAACAAUAUACCAGAUGCUGAGGAGCAUGACGAAUUGUAAAUAUAAAUAAAAGUGUCGCGCGUGGACAUAAACACACACAGACUGUAUUCCAGGAGCUACGUGGCUGCGACACGUAUUAAUCCUCCCACAGGCACAAAAUUGUAAUCUAAAGACAUGCGAAAAAAUAGCAUGAGAACAGGAUAAUAGCCUCAUCGAUUAUGUCGUCCACCAUAUUUUCUACGAGGACGUCAUGUUGAGUUCGUUUUCAGAUAUCAAAAUAAAGUCUCGCCCAAUUUUUCCAACGUUUGAAUAAUUAUUUUGGCCUUGGUAUCACAGCGCCUAAACAUUUUUAGUCACCAGGUAUAACUUACUACUCGAGUGCAAAUUAUCCUGAAAUAUUAACUUGUAAGCAUGGAUCAUGCAAGCGUAAAUCAAGUGAUUGAUAUUUCCACGAGAUACAUCAGGAGUGUAUGGAAUACAAAGGAAAAAAAGAUAUUAAAAAUUAGUGAAAGAGAAAUAAAAAGAGUCAUCCAGCCCGUGUCCAUCAUCGGCGCAGCUCCGUAAAAGACUCUAAGUUGUUCCGUUUUUGUUUGUCAAGUGUUUUAUAUACAUUAAAGAUAAUUCAGAUGUAAUUUAAAUAAUACUAUGCUAUAGUAUAAUAUAUAUUAUUUCAUUUUCUUCGUAUAAUGUAUGCAUAAUUAAAAAAAGAACUCCAGUUAUAAGAAAGAAAAACGUAAGGAUGAAUGUGUGCAAUUAUGACUGAAUGAUAAUUGGUAUGAUAUAUCAAAAAAAAA